AUACAUUUUUUACUAUGUUUUAAUAGGCAAGGAAAAAUUAGACUAAGUAAAUUUUAUUCAACGUUUACACAUGCAGAAAGAAAUAAAGUUACAAGAGAAGUUUCAAAUUUAGUUUUAUCGAGAAGUCCAAAGCAUUGCAACUUUAUAUUGUGGAAAGAAUAUACUGUGGUUUAUCAAAGAUAUGCUUCAUUAUUUUUUGUUUUUGUAACCGAUAAUAAAGAUAAUGAAUUAAUUACAAUAGAGGCAAUUCACAAAUUUGUUAUUUUAUUAGAUAUGGUUUUUGAAAAUAUUUGUGAAUUAGAUUUAAUAUAUGAAUUUCAAAAAGCUUAUAUGAUACUGGACGAAUUUCUAUUAGCAGGUGAACAACAGGACUCAAGCAAUAAAGAAAUUUUAAAAGCAAUCAAUGAAGCUGACAAUUUAGAAAAGUCAUUACUAGUUUCGGAAGCUUUAGAUGAACACUUUUUAUAA